CCUUAACUAUCCCUUCAGUUUUCUGUCAUCUGCAGUUUUAAUGAAUACUCUUAAUUUCAUCAUCCAAAUUACUAGUGAAGAUAUUAAUAUACUAAGUAACACUGGUAACAGUACAAAACCUUGCAAAAUUACAAUUGGUUUGUUUUUUCCCACUUGCUGUAAGCCACUAGUAAAUGCUGUUCUGUAUUUUUCCUGUCCAGUUCCACCCCCUAGCACAUAGUAUUUUCUCUAGGUAAAGGGCCUACAGGGCAGGACAUGUGAGGAGCAGUUAAGGUCCCGUGGUCUGUGCAGAGGAGCUGAGGGGAGGUCUCGUGGCGGCUGCAGCUCCUCACAGGGAGUGGAGGGGCAGCGCUGAGCUCUGCUCUCUGGUGACAGCGACAGGGCCCGAGGGAACGGCAUGGAGCUGUGUCAGGGGAGGCGCAGCUGGGGGUUACGGACAGGUUCUGCACCGGAGGGCAGUGGGCACGGCCUCAAGCUGCUGGAGUUCAAGGAGCGUUUGGAUACUGCUCUCAGUCACAAGGUUUGAGUUUUGGUGGUGCUGUGUCGAGCCAGGAGUUGGACUCAGUGAUCCUUGUGGGUCCCUUCUAACUUGGGAUGCGCUAUGACUGUAUAAUUCAAUACAUGAUUUGUUAGGAGCUUAUAGGGAGUUAAGGCUGAUAGGUUGCUGCCUGUCUUGCACCAUUAAAACCCAUCUGCUGCAGCUCUGUGCCUGUCUGUUCAAACCAGACGGUGCAGGAGCAGUGCUCUGUAACUGCAUCCCUCCAGGGUCUGCCUCUACUUUGAACUGGUGCAGUGGAAUGCUAUCCUUCCAGUAGGAGAGUUGUAGGGCACAGCACACAAAAAAAAAUAGGACUAUCAUCAAGCUGUGUCCUUGCCAAGACUUUGAGAGUGAGAAUGGUAACAGCAGUUGGCUCUGUGUGCGCUGGUUACAUCACCAAGUGCUCAUAGAACUUUCCUGUUCUGCCAGUGACAAACUCCAUUUCUCAUCCUCAGACUUCUGUGCCUAGCUCUUCUGUUCUGUAGGCAGCUGGCCUCAGAGCUGUAGGCUCAGCAUCCCCUAGCCAGAGUUUGUGUCACCUGCUCAACUCGGUGCUGGAGGGAAGGCUGAGUGCCCUGGGCCCAGGGGUACCAGCUGUGGAGCAGCAGUGGGAGCUGUGCUGUGGGCAGUCAGUCCUUGUGUCUGCCAGUACAGCUGCUGCGAGCACAUUGGGCGGCACGUGGGGCUCAUAAAGGCAAAUGGGAGAAUAUGGCUGUGGGACGCAGCGUACCACAUGAAAGGAUCCCUUUGCUUAGUCAUCUUUAACAAGGCAGCAUGAGAGGGCAGCCUAACCCCAACACAGUUACACUGCAGUCUUUUGCUAGCCCUAGAGGGCAGAGUUAAAUUUAUGGAGUGGGGUUAGUAUGCGCUGUAAAUGUUUCUCCUUUGAACGUGUUUCUCAUUUUAAAUAUAAAUAUUAAAAUCUUACUUGUGUUUAAAUAUAAAUACAUUUGACAUUCAAGAGAGGGGUACCAGGCAGUGCUCUUUAAAUCUUAAUGUUCGGUUUCUGAGCAGUGAGUUAAUCCCUUCUUAGAAGAUAUUUAUCUGAAAACUCGCCCUGGUAUAAAUAUGUUUUCUUUCUGAUUUAGGGUUAGCUCUUUAAUCCCUAAUUUUAAGAAAUAAGCAUGAUGAAAUGGCAUUUGUACCAGAUGAAUUUGAUGUAUUGCAUUAAGAGAUCGAGAUAAAUGCAUUUUAACGGCUUCUGCACCACGCUUGUAGAGAAGUAAUUGCUUAAGGGGCAAUAAAUGAAGAAAAGCCUGUAGUAUGUAGACUGCUCGUAAGGUUCCCUCUUUAAUUUUUUUUUCUAUCUCUAAUAACAUUAACACUUAAAUUGUCCCAAUUAGGCUUUAAAAUAUAUGUUUUAGCUAGUAAAAUCUGACUCUUCUGGGUCCCCUGCUUUUUGCUGCCUAAUAGCUGGCUGUAGACAGGUUGCUGCUAUGCCAAGAUUAACAGGCUGGUGUAUCGCUUCAGAAACGAGAGCUUUGAAGUUGCAAAGUAUUAAUGAGAGAAAUAAAAAAUCCUAGACAGAUGCAAGAGUUGCAGUAGCUGGGAACUUGUGUCAGCCAAAGAAUUUCUUUUGUCUCUGGGUCUGAGGUAGGCUUUUCAUUUCUGUUUCUUUUCCUCCCUUUUUGAUCCCUGUUGGGAGGAUCUUCAUGUUUGAAAUUUCCAAAUACCUAAUUUGUGUGUUUUACUCGUGUCUGUGUUUACUUAAUACCGCUCUUUCUUCCCUCUGACUUUGACGUUUGCUUUUCCUCUGCCAGCUUUGAACUUGCUGCAGCUCAGGAGAAUGAGGGCUAAAUGAACCGCCGCAGAUAAAACUAUAACAAGAAGAGCAACGUCUGCAAAUGAUCCUUUGCUGUUUCCUGAGUCGUUCCAGCCUCAUUAAUCAGUGCUCGCGCUGAGGCGGCUGUGCGGUGUGUUAUGUCGCCGGCACAGCAGCUUCUCCGUCCCUUUCCCCCACCCCCUGCGUGCCUACACAGUGGGGAAAACUAGAGAGGGAAGCCAUCAAUCUUGCCUGUCGUUCGUGUCAGCAGUGAUUCUCCUCUCGACUUCCUGUUCUUGCCGUCCUGCCCACCACCUGUGUUUAGAAUUAGCUCGGAUGCUGUGGGCUGCGCUUGGCUCUUCACCUGUUCUGCCCCGACGGCAUGGCUAUCAAAAUAAAGCAGGGGGCUAAAUGCUAUAGCAUGUGAAUGGACACCAUUCACAGCGGGGUGGGUUGCAGAGGGAUUUCUGUUGCAGCUGUUGUUGUAUUACAGCUAUUGUAACACUGCCAUUGUUUUCUGUGAUAGUGAAGUUUAUAGGUCUGAAAUCUCUUGCUUCUGUUUCAGCCCAAAAGUGAGCUUGUGAGCAAAAGUUCUUUAAGCUAAAUUGAAAAUAUUUGUUAAAUGCAUUAUAUAGCUGCAGAGGUCUGUCUCCCAUCAGUCGGCUUGCUGUGUUACAUUUAUGAAUAGAGACUAAAGAAAUCAAUUACUCAGAGGCUUUGUCCUUACCUUCAGUUACUUAGAGGAUGCAAUUAUCAAAAGAUUCUUUGGGAGUUGAUUUGUAUCUCGCUAUAUCUGGCCAGUGAGAGGUCUUGAAAAUGUCUCCCCCCCCCUCAAUGAGUACCAGUAGACUGAAAAGCUGAGAUGUACUGCCCCUGUUGUUCUAAGUUGGCAUUAAUGUCAUAAACUUAUGGUCUGUUGUGUUUCCCUGUACUGAAUGAAAAGGAGAAAGCAGUCCUACUGGCAGCUCUCUUCUGUCUCGUUGAAGGGAUGCUAGCUUUUUCAGUUUUUAAAAAUAAGGAAAAGAUGAAAGUGGCAUGAGCUUUCCUUAUAACUGUAGCUGUGUCCUCCUCUGAUGUCAUUUCAAGUGCACGAUGGCAAUAUUUAUGAGGAGUUAUAAAGAAGUGGGUCUUAAUCCCUAUGAAUGCUUUUACUUGAUUUUAUUGUGUAGCUCCUUUGAGAAGCAGGUGAACUGUGUUAUGAGUGAUUUUACAACAUGUGUGAGAAGCAAUUGUCUGUUGACCAUGCCAGAUAGGUAUAUUCAACUCUCUUAGAAUUUCUUGAGCUAAACAUGACAGGCAUAGCCAGGGUACUAAGAACUAGCUUACAAAAUUUGUUUUAUUCUGCUUGAAUCUUUUCAGUAUGAUUCUCAGUGCUUUCAGAGGCUUGAAUUGUUUUCUUCUUUUGAGUGGGUGCGGUUUGAGGCUUCCCAAUUGCUAGUUAUCUCGAUAAGUUGCUGGAUUUUGUGUCCAUGCUUUGUCUUCUGGUAUGAUGACAGUUCAUACUUGGCUGGGUCUUAUCCCGAGCAAUUAGAAAUAAACAAUAAAUUAUUCCUGGUGAAGAAUGUAAAAAAAUAUAUUUUUUUUAAAUAAAAUUAGUAACUUCCUAUAAUUUUAAAAGAGAGGUGGUUUCUUAUACUAAUAAACAAACGAAGAGUUACCCUUGUAAUCACUGCAGAUGUGGUGCUGAGCUCAUGGAAAGAGGCCUUCAUUGUUAUGGGCAGUGACAGAAGGAAAUGUUUGCAGUGAUGCGCCUGUCGUUUGCUUUCCAUUGGAUUUUUGGUUUGGUAAAAACAGUUGUGGUUGGUUGCAUAUUUCCAUGCUUGUUUCUGAAAUAACUUUAAGCUCUUUUCUGAGUCUGUAAUGUUUAAUUUAAAAGAAAGACGUGUUUUCAGAGAUUUUUCUAAAGAAACUACAAAGUAUUUAGAUGUAAAUUUUUAAGUUUAUAAAUGUUUCACAUGGACAGUCUAACUUUUUUAAAGAUAUUCUGUAACUGUUGUAUUGUCUAGAUAUCAAAUACACAUAUCUGAAUAACAUGUAUUUGGAUUGUACAGAUGUCUAAAUUAGAGGCUAUUAACGAAGUAAAUUUGAGUCAGCUGAAAGUCAUGGAAUGAAAUAGAAGAAGUCCGACAAUAAAGUUUCUCUACAGCUGCAAAUAGUUUAAGGAGCAUAUGCCAUCCUGCUCUGGAGGUUGCAAAAAGCUUUUAAACACAAUUGGAAAAGCAACGUGUGCAGCUACUAGCAUCCAAAGCACUGCAUGGCUGCGCUGAGGGGUUGUGCUGCUGGGCUGCUUGAAGAGCUUGGAAGCGUCUCUGUGGGCUCAUCAAGAGAGGCCUGUCUCUGCUUUCUGAGGUGUGCAGCUCAGCCUGGAGAAGGAAAGGGGGAUUUACUAGAAUUGUGGAAGGGAUUUUGCUGAGUUCUCCAGUUCUGGCACACUUGUCUGAUACGUGCAGGGAAUGAGGAUGGAUUUGACAGCCCUAGUGGGGCCUUGACUCCUUACUGCAGCGUGGCCUACUAAGAAAAGCUGAGCUUUGGUCCAAGACAGCAGGACUGGAGCUUGAAGCAGCCAUCUUUUCCAGUAUAGCCUUUUGCUUUCAAAAUAGAUGUGAGGCAUUUGAGCCAUUCUUCUCUGGGAGCAGUUACAUAAUGCUUAGUCCUGGUAGUUCAAGAGCAUUUCCAUGUUGCCAGUUUUCCAAUACAAGGAACAGCAGUGUUCAUUCCCUAGUGAAGAAGUAAGAGAACACGUAAACUUUAACAAGUUUUAGGCCAAACUUAGUUAAGAAAUGCUGCUGGGAAAUGCACUGCAGUGUUUGGAGUUGCCAUGCAGAAGUCUUUCUGAGAGAAAGCAAGUAAUACAUGUUAAAACACCUGCUGGAUACCAUGCUUUUGACAGGAAUGUGGGUUAACAUGCAGCACUAGUGGUGUAGGUGCACACACGAUACAGUUAAACACAGGACCAGCAGGCUUACACAGUGCUCACUACAGAUACCUGAAUGAGUGAGUGCCUAUGGGCUGGAGCUUCGUGUCUUGUGGCUUUCACUCUACACCGCUGGGAAGUCUUCACUCCUUUUGUUUUUAUCCCCUUCCAGCUUUGGUGCACACAGCUCCCAUCUCUUGACCAAGCAGCUCUGCUGAAGCACAUUCCAGCGCUAUGAUUUCAUGGUACCAGGCAGCCCUCCCCUGCCAUGCUGCUCUGCUGCCCGCUGCUUCUCACAGAGUGAACAAACAGUGAACGUAAACUCUCUCCAAAGGAGCAAUGUUCUCUGUAUAUUUUUAGUGCUAGAAACUCAAGAUUAAUUUAAGGAAUGUGGUAACGGAUCGGAUUUUCUCUGGUAUCCAGCCAACUGGGACGCCUCAUCUUGGUAACUACCUUGGAGCUAUUCAGAACUGGGUGAAUCUGCAGGAAAAUUACAACUCAGUGUUAUACAGCAUUAUGGACCUGCACUCUCUCACUAUGCCCAAGGAGCCAGCUGUCCUUCGCCAAAACAUACUGGACACUACUGCUGCCAUCCUUGCCUGUGGGAUUGACCCGAGGAAAUGCUUCUUGUUCCGACAGUCACUGGUUCCUGAGCACACAGAACUUGCCUGGAUUCUUGGAUGCUUAACUAAUGUGCCACGGUUGCUACGUUUGCCCCAAUGGAAGAUGAAAUGUGCCGGCCAGAAUAAUGAUGGAAAUGUCGGUUUGUUGACUUACCCUGUUCUUCAAGCAGCAGAUAUUUUGCUGUACAAGUCGACACGUGUUCCCGUUGGAGAAGAUCAAAUCCUGCACCUGGAGCUAGCCCAAGAUAUAGCACAACAUUUUAACAAGAAAUACGGAGAAUUCUUUCCUGUGCCCAAAGCCAUUUUAAGUACAACAAAGAAAAUAAAAUCCCUCAGAGAUCCAACAGUGAAGAUGUCUAAGUCAGACCCACAGAAGCUAGCUACUGUUAACAUAGUGGACAGCCCUGAGGAGAUAGUGCUGAAAUUCCGCAAGGCUGUGACUGACUUUACCUCUGAGGUGACGUAUGACCCAUCCAGUCGCCCUGGUGUCUCCAACCUGGUGUCCAUUCACGCUGCAGUAACAGGACUUAGCAUAGAAGAAGUGCUGCACCAAGCUGUUGGUCUUGACACUGCUCGCUACAAAAUGGUGGUAGCAGAGUCAGUUAUUCAAAAAUUUACACCUAUCAGGAAUGAAAUCAAGAAACUCCAGGAAGACAAAACCUAUCUGAUAAAGGUUUUAGAGGCUGGAGCAGAGAAAGCCAAAGAACUGGCUACCCCCAUCUAUCGAGAAAUAAGAAGACUGGUGGGAUUUCAGUAGAAACUGACGAGCAGUUGCAAGGACUUCUGACCUUUACUCCUGGGACAGCUAUUUUGUUUAAAACAGUUUGAAACAAAAAGUUUUUUUUUCUCUGCAAAAUCCUAGUAGAAUAGCUAAACUGCUUGCAUCAAAAAUGUGUGUGAAGCCAGUUCCUUCCAGUGGGACCAGUUCUGAACUUGUCAUGAUGGUCAGAGGACAAGGGUGCAGGCAAUCACAGUUAUGAAGAAAUUACACAAAAGCAGAAUACAAGGUAGCUCAGGUGGGGUUUGGGUUUUUUCCACUGACAACUACAAGAAGCUGUUGUGUAGGCAAGAUGGUUUUAAUCUAGUUGAAAGAGCUGUAAUCUUCUGAAGAACAUCCUUAGCUGUGUAUGUGAUCUUUUUACAGCUGGAUAACUCAUGGUUAUUCAGCUUUGGUACCAUGAUGGUCCACUCUUAGAUAACCAGAAAGCAUAGACUUACAAAUCAGAAUGACUGGGGCUUUGGUGGUGAAGAGAGAGCUUACUGCUUCUCCCUGUUGCAUCUUCAAACUCAGUGUAGUUUUGUAUCUACAACUAGUUUGUGUGAGGUGAGUUAGUCUAUUUUACGGAUACAGAUAUCCGUACUAUAGAACUCACUGUGGUUACUAGUGCUAGAUGGCCUUUUUGGUAGUUCUCCAAAGAAUACAGAGCAAAUGUGUAUUUCACUUCUGCCAUCCUCCCAGUCGAUUCUGAAGUUCUUUGGUGGGAAACUACACAGGCUUCAACUCAUCCUUUUCAACCUUCUUUUUGGUUUAGCAGCAAGCCCUGAGAUUUUCAGUUCAGCAUCAAGUCUAAGAUUGCUUUAGAAGAGGUUCAGGGAGAAAAGAUGGGUGAAAGAAAUCUUAUGCUGAUCUGUGAGAGAACUUUCUAUAUAAUUUAAAAAGUUAAUUGUUUAAAAAUUAUGCUGAGGUAAUAGCCAAGACUAUGGUAAAAUAUUUUAUCAAAAUGGAAUUAAAUAGAUCUUUGUGAAAUCUCACUGCUAAACCUCACCUUCCUGGGUGCUGUGAUGCAAUAGGAACUUAAAGGACAAUCAAAAAAUGAUGUGAGUCCAUAUAUGUUGGAGAAGUUGCCAAGGGCAAAUCAGUCUACUGUCUGCAUUACAACCACCUUCCCUAAGAAAAAAAAGACGUUAUUGUCAUUGGUGACUGUGAACAGAGGUCCCAAUAUGCUGACCAGACCCACCUCAUGGGGAAUUCUGCUGCCUCCCCGGGGCCUGUAUUAAAGAUGUUGCAAGAAAACUUCCUAGCCUAGUGCAGUCCCCAGGUUACUACCCAUUAUUGGUUUUUGAUGUAGGCAACGAUGAAGUUGUGGUGAGAUCAGGAGAGAUAUCAAGGGCAAUCAAAAGAGUCUGCAGAUUCUUGGGACAACUGGUUACAGGUUUGUGAGUGCAGAUAGUGUUUUUCUCUAUCCUUCCAGGUGCAUGGAAUGAUAUUGGAAGAAAUAUCCAGGCAGAGCUUAUCAAUACAUGGCUCUGAGACUGGUGUCACUGGCAAAAUUUUGGAUUUUUUGAUUACAGGAUGGUCAAUGCAACACCAGGCCUGCUGGCACUUGACAGGAUGCACCUUUCUCAAAGAGGGAAAAUUGGUUUUUUUCUGAGCUUAUUGAAAGAACUUUAAACUACACUUGAAGGUGAAAAGAGAUGAAAUGAGGCUUGCCAGUGAUAAGCUGUGGGAUGACGCACCAAAGUUUGAAGGAUGAUGUGCUAGACAGGUCCCUCAGUCUUCUCCACAAGGUGCUGGGUACGCUAGGGCACAUUUGAAAUUUUUCUAUGUUAAUGCAUACAGCAUGAGGAAUAAGCAAGAGGAGCUAGAAGCCUCGGCUCUGUUCCAGAGCUACAACAUUGUUGGUAUAAGCAAGAGUUAGUGAGAAGAGUCCUGUGACUGAUGUGUCAUGUUGAACAGUUAUAGGCAUUUCAUGAGGAACAGACAGGGCAGGGGAGGCAGUGUGUGGCACUGUAUGUAAUGGAAGGGCUUGGCUGUAUCAAGCGUACAAAUGGCAAUGACAUGAUUGAGACCCUCUGGCUAAGUAUUACGGGACAAUCAGGCAAGCAGAUACCAUUGUGGUAGUCUGCUAUCACCACCCAGCCUGGAUGACAGCACUGAUUAAUUAUUCUGUAAGGAAUAAAGGAAUAUUUCUAGGUCAGC